AUGGAUUCGGAACAAUUUCGGCUGUUUAUGGAACAGCAAUCGAAGAUUUUUGCACAGAUGAUGACCACUGUGUCACAGCGGUCUUCGCAGGAGCAGCCAGUCCAGCCAGCGGCACUCAGUGUACCCGUACCUCAACCAUCACCCCUAUCGUUGGAAGGUGAUAUGUCCGAAAAUUUCGAUUUUUUUGAACGGAAUUGGAGAAAUUAUGAAAGUGCCAUAGGAAUGGAUAAGUGGCAAGCUGUAAACAACGCGAGAAAAGUGAGUGUAUUACUAUCCGUUAUCGGCGAGCAGGCCAGGAAAAAAUAUUUCAACUUUGAGCUAAACGAGCAGCAGCUAGCAGAUCCGGAAGCGGCAUUAGCGGCUAUUAAAGCCAAAGUUAUAGUGAAAAGAAACAUUAUAAUCGACCGUUUCGAUUUUUUCACUGCUUCUCAACUAUCCAAUGAGUUGAUAGAUGACUUUAAAGCACGACUUCGAAUACUUGCAAAGGUGGCAAAGUUAGGAGAACUAGAGAAUGAGCUCAUUGCAUACAAGGUUGUGACAGCUAACAAGUGGCCACAACUUAGAACGAAGAUGCUGACUAUCGCAGAAAUUACAUUAGAUAAGGCUAUUGAUCUGUGUCGCGCAGAAGAAAUAGCUGCCAGACGAUCUCUGGAGUUAGGAAGUUUUCCUACGAAUUCGGAGGUUAAUAAAGUAUUCAAGUCCAAAGGACAAUCUAAGCAGCACGUUGCAAGUUUUGCGGCGAUUAUCACGAAUUUGUCAAGGGAGCCUGCCCAGCACUCGUCAAGACGUGUGAAGCAGGUAAAGGAAGGGGAAAAGUCUUCGGACGAGACGUCGCCAGAAAGUGAGUCUGAAUCAGAAGAAUCUGAAGAAGAGUACGAGAUUGGGAAAAUAUUUGAUAAUUCCAACACUGGCGGAAGUGUCUUAGCGGAGCUGAAUUUGAAAUUCGGUACAAAGUGGAAAUCAGUUCUUUGCGAGGUCGACACGGGAGCCAAUACUAGUCUGAUUGGUCAUGAAUGCCUAGUGAAGCUUUCUGGUGCGCGAGAUCCACAGCUACAACCAUCCAAAUUUCGCUUGCAGAGUUUCGGCGGCAAUCCCAUAGAAGUGUUGGGUCAAGUUAAAGUGCCCUGUCGUCGGUUUAACAGAAAAUUUGUUCUUGUUUUGCAAGUGGUAAACGUUGAUCAUCGGCCGUUGCUAUCGGCAAAUGCUUCCAGAGAGCUUGGACUCAUCAAGUUUUGCAACUCGGUUUCCUUUGAAGGUUCAAACAUUCCUGUUAUCACAUCACAACAUAGCACAACAUCACAACACGUAAAUCGACUAAAAGUUCUCCAGGUAAAGGCUCAGCAAAUAGUUGACAAUCAUAAAAAUUUGUUCGAAGGCUAUGGAAAGUUUACGGGUGUUGUAGCGUUGGAGAUCGACGCCAACAUCACGCCAACAAUCCAACCACCUCGUCGUGUACCCAUAGCGAAACGAAGUCAGCUAAAAAUAGAGCUAGAGAAUCUAGAGAAGAGCGGUAUCAUCGUCAAAGAAACAGCUCACACUGACUGGAGACCAAAUUUACAAUUUGUCACUCUCGACGAGAUCCUACCGGAGCUGGGGAAAGCUAAAGUUUUCACCACCGUUGAUGCGAAAAAGGGUUUCUGGCACGUGGUCCUUGAUGAACCCAGCAGCAAAUUAACCACUUUUUGGACGCCAUUCGGUCGCUAUCGAUGGACCCGUCUUCCAUUUGGUGUAGCUCCAGCACCAGAAAUUUUCCAACUUAAACUGCAGGAAGUAAUCCAGGACCUUAAGGGUGUUGAGUGUAUUGCGGACGACAUCCUUGUGUAUGGUAUGGGUGAUACCAUGGAAGAAGCCCUACAGAAUCACAACGACUGCUUGGAGAAACUGUAG